AUGCAAUCCACCUUAUAUGUUGCUUCCAAUUCCCUUCCUCAUCCUCACUUACCAUGGAAACCUCAAAAACCCCGCAUUCUCACACUCCAAACACUCAAACUCUCUCUUAAACCAUUAACUCUCUCGAACUCGUUAAAAACAUUAUUCGGCUCCGAAUUCGAAGAAGAAAAACUCGAUAAACAAGACCAACCAACUAUUCUUCUUCGUCUUCCUGUCGUAGUUCGCAAUUCUGGUAGUGUUUCUCGCUACUUAUGGGACGGAGAUGACUUGAAAUUGGUUUCUGUUGACGGAAGUGCAAGGUUUUCGUUGUCGCCGUUUUCUUUAGAUUUCGAAGAUGGGUUUCGGAAGUUGGUUAGAGGGUGUGUUUCGGGUAUAAGGAAUUUUUUUCUUCCGAGGGAAGUAUGUGAGAAUUAUUUGGAGUAUGUGAAGUGGAAAUUUUUGCAUAGAGUCUUCAGUUCUGCACUGCAAGUUCUCGCAACCCAGGCAAUGUUUCGGGCAAUUGGAAUUGGAUACUCGCGUUCACUUGCAUCAGCUGCUGCCCUGAAUUGGGUUUUGAAGGAUGGGCUUGGACGCCUUAGUAGGUGCAUAUAUACUGCUAGCCUAGCGUCUGCUUUUGAUACCAAUUUGAAGAGAGUUAGGUUCUCAACAUCGGUUCUGUUUAGUUUGGGCAUUGGAGUUGAGUUGCUGACUCCUGCAUUUCCCCAAUAUUUUUUGCUUCUCGCAUCUGUAGCCAACAUUGCAAAGCAGAUAAGCCUCGCGUGCUACCUGGCAACUGGU